AUGACUAGAUAUGUGGCACCAUGUUGGGAUCUCUCGGUCACAGUGCUGCGAGCGAAGUUCAGCGCUUCACGUGACUACUUUUCUCAGUCUGACCUCUACGUGACCUUGAGCAUGCCCACAGCCUCGAUCCAAACUAUGAAAACCAAAAGCAUUCCAAACUGCAAUUCACCCGAAUGGAACGAGACCUUCCACUUCCGUGUGAACAGCCACGUCAAGAAUAUUCUGGAGCUAAAUGUCUAUGAUGAGGAUCUCAGGCGAGAUGACCUGUGCAUUAGGCUCUUCUUCGACAUCAGCACCCUCAUACUGGACAAGAAGGAGACCAAAGUCUUCAUCACUGAUGAAAAGAAAAAGGAUGAGCUGUGGGUGGAUUUCGAGAUCACAGAGUGCCCUGAAGCUUCUCGAGAAUAUCUCUCUAAUGGAGUUCUCGUGGCGGCACCGCUGUCCAUCGUGGAGGUGACGAUUGAUAAACUACCACCUGAGGUCGGGAAGAACAUGCUGUUGACGCUGCGAGGGGCGUAUAAUGAAGAUCAAGUCGUCUCGACUUCCCAGAAAAGCAACCUCAUGCAGACUCUUCGCUACUUCAUCAGCAAAGACGUGGAGCCCAUGAUUGAACUCCAGGCGGAUGGGAGGGAAGCAAUGACCGCUUCGCCCCCGCCGUCCCCGCUGUCCUCUGCAUCCACAUCAGAGGUCACCUUCUCUUUUCCUGCAGUAAAGGAUACAGUCAGUUUGCAGGUGAACACAGUAGAGAGCUCUGAGGAGGACAUGAAGGUGCGUCUGGAUUUCGAUAUACCUGCGGAGGAGAAGGCGUUUCUGGUGAAGAGGAGAGAGGUGGUGUCUCACGCACUGCAGAAAAUACUCAAACUCAAAUCUCCCCUCGAACCCAGUAAGGUGCCAACCAUGGCUGUGGUGUGUACAGGAGGUGGCGCGAGGGCCAUGACAGGCAUGUUCGGCUCUCUGAAAGGACUGCAGAGUCUUGGCUUUCUGGAUGUCAUCAGCUACAUUACCUCAUUGUCUGGCUCCACCUGGACUAAUGCUUAUCUGUACAAUGACCCACACUGGUCAGAGAAAGACCUGGAUGUGGCAAUUAAUUUGGUGAAGAAGGAACUCUCAAAGGGAACCAAAACUCUGUUUGGACCGAGCCGGCUGCGGUAUUACUACUCCGAGCUGCGUCAGAAACAGAAGGAUGGUCAUCCUUUCUCUCCGAUCGACAUGUGGGGGCUCAUUAUAGAAAAUGCUAUUUAUGGAAAGAACAACGAAGCUACACUGUCUGACCAGCAGGAGGCAGUCUCCGAGGGCCAGAACCCUCUGCCAAUCUACACAGCUGUCAACAUGAAGAGGGAUGCUGGAGGUUCCAUGAUGGCUGAGUGGUGUGAGUUUACUCCAUAUGAGGUGGGAUUCCCCAAAUACGGAGGCUUUGUGCCUGCAGAACAUUUCGGAAGCGAGUACUUCCUUGGUCAUCUGAUUAAGAAGCUCCCGGAGAUUCGAGUCUCCUUCCUUUUGGGCUUGUGGAGCAGUGUCUUCUCUGCGAACCUGAUGCUGCUCUGGAAACAUGUCACUGGAGCAAUGCCGUCCUGGACCUCAUGGCUGGGGGAGGAUGUGUCUAGCAUUGAGACAGAUGAUGAUGACUCAACCCUGGAUACCUUGGUGCUCGCUUCGAACGCUUCGACAUUGAGCAACUUCAUGCACGGGCGUCCCAUGAUCUGCAAAGUGUUCAACUUCCUGCGAGGAUUCGUACUGCACAACAAGUACCGCGAAAGCUCCACCUUCAACACCUUGAAAGAGACACAUCUGGACGCGUUUCCGAACAGGCUGACCCCGAUGGACCGCACCCUUGGCCUGGUAGAUGCUGGAUUUGAAUUCAACUCAGCCUUCCCUCCUGUGCUGAGGCCACACCGACACGUCGACGUGGUUCUGUCUCUCAGCUACUCCUGGGAUGAGGAUCAUCUAAAGAUCCUUAAGAAAACUCAGCAAUACUGUGCCAUCCGCCAGCUGCCUUUCCCAAAUGUAGACUUCAGCAAGUUUGAGGGAGAGCCGCCAAGAGAAGUGUACGUGUUUGAGGACGAGAAGAAUCCCGAUGCUCCCAUAGUGGUCCACUUCCCACUGGUCAACAUCACAUUCAAAGAUUAUAAAGCACCAGGAGUGAAGAGACAGGGAAACAAGGAGCUGAAGGCUGGAGAGGUCGACGUGAGCACUAGAUCUUCUCCAUAUGUCACAUCGAACCUCACAUACAAGGCGGAUGUCUUCCAGAAAUUGGUGGACCUCACCUGCUAUAAUGUCUCCAACAACGUAGACAGCAUUGUGAGUGCUCUAGAGAGAGCUAUGAACAGAAAAGGGCUCGCUGGCAAAGAAAAAUAAAAACACUUCAGCUUCAAUCAGCUAUUGCGCUAACAUGUAAAACCAUGUGUAGCAUUUUGGAACUUUUAACUCUAAAAAUAAAGGAUGGCAGUAAUAGCAUAUGCUUUAUUACAAAAAACUAAUUGUAGCCUAAACUAGAUCUCUUACAGUUAAGGAAAUGUCACGGGGAAAAAGAAUGAUCCGGAAAUGUAGCUAAGCACAAAUACAGUGAAACCUUGGCGUACAAAUUUAAUUGGUUCUGGAGGUGAGUUCUUAAGGCGAAAAUGUGUGAAACAAAUUUUCCCAUAAUUAAUAAUGUAAAUGCAGAUAAUCCGUUCCAGCCACCCAAGAAAAUGACCAAUAUGACCAAUACGAAGCAUUUGUAAACGGCUGCUUACUAAGAACUGACCCAAGCCAAGCUUCCUCACAGGAAGUCGUGCCACCAAGCUUGGGCAAAAAAUAGAACAGACCGCCCACACCACUAAUCUGUCAACCAAAAAACACCCCAAAAGUCACCUAGCUUUUCACCUAGCUAUAAUUUGUAAACUUGUUUUGGUUGGCUUCGCUCGGCUUUCCACUGACGCAAACGAGUUUUGAACGGCUCCCAGACGUACGUGCAACUUAGCUGUCGGUUCGGUUCGUUCGUAUGCCAAAUAUGCUUCAUAUGUCAAUGCAAAAUUUCAAUUCUUAUGGUGAAACUUCGUAAGGGAGAGCAUGCUGAGGUUGCACUGUACAGCUCAAACAACAUAAACUCUAUAAAGAGAUGAUAUAGUCCAUCUUUCACAUCACUCAGUGUGUGUUAUCCUGCAUUAAUCCAAUUACACUCGAACUGUUACUCAGAGAGCAUUAUAAGGAAGUGCAGAAACAGCUCUCCAACACAUUUCCUACAGUAUUCUUCUGUGAGAAAUUACAUCUCUUUUAUAUCCAAAACUACAUGGGGCUAAACUGGAUUUUUAAUCCCGGGGCUGUAUCUCUUACCAAAUAAUCUCCAAGCAUGUUUGUAUAAUCUUGCGUGUAGGUCUAUUUCUAUUAUAGCAAACUGUCUUUUAUUGAAUCUGAGAUUUGAUUCGCUUUGAUUUUCGCAUGUAAAAUUCUCGAGGCUGAUUGGUCAAAAGGUGAUUCUUAAUGUACUUAAUUUUGGUUGUUUUUUGUGCGAUAUCCAUGGGUUAUAGUUAAUAAUACGGUGAAGUUUGCUUUGUUUUGCAUACAUGCUUCAGUUAAUAAUACGGUUUCCAUUGGAGGUUUUGCAAGGAGGCUUCAGGGCUGGUUCCUCGUAAAGCUGGAACUUCAAGUUCUGCCGCACAGGAGAGUUUUGGGUGGGUUGGUUGACAAAAUGCAUUUUUUUUGUCUUGUUAAACUUCAAGACAGGAAAAGAAAGGCUGAUGAAGGUAGCUAGAAGUUAUUAUAGUUAUAAUUGUUUCACUGAUGUUCUUUAAAAUGUAGUAAGAUUUUUUAAAAAAUAAGAAAAUGAAUGUUGUGGUAUUAGAGGAAUCAAAGAACUUAGGAUGUGCUGUUCCGGAUGAAUCAACUUACAUUUGCUAUUCUUAUAUAUUCCGUCUUAUAAUUUUGCUUUCUUUUUAUCUCAUUGUACUUCAUUCAGUUUCAAAAGCCUUUCAUAAACGUGCCUUUAAACAGUAUGCCUAUUAUUCUGUAAACCACUUUUGUUAAUCUCUUAUUUUAAGCUCUAAAGCAUCAUCCAACAUGGAUCCUGGUGUCUAAAACAGAACAAAAAAACAUUUUAAUGAAAGCUCUACUACUCGAUUUUAGCAUCCUCUAUAUGCACGCUCUGUAUGUCAUGUGAUAUAUUACAUAUUACUCCGCAUGCAGCUGUUACAGCUACAGUAAGUGGGGCUCCUCUAA